CUGCAUUAUUCCUCCAGAAGCGGGACUGAGGCAGGAGUCUUCGAUAGAGGAACCACCUGCAGACAGCAGCCGCUCUCAUUCUCCAGCAACGCCUCAAUAUGUUACGGAUGCGAUUCAACACUGUGUAAACGACAAAUAUUUCCUUCAUACAGUGGGUGAACACACACUGUCGUGGAGAUGCAACAGUUUAAGAAUUUAUCGAUUUGUCUCAUUUCCCUCUUAUGUGGGUUGACAAUUGGAGGCUCUCCAAGUGUUCAAAUUGGGGGCUUGUUUCCGAGGGGAGCUGAUCAGGAGUACAGCGCGUUUCGGAUCGGAAUGGUUCAGUUCGGAACGGCUGAAUUUAGACUGACGCCUCACAUCGACAAUCUGGAAGUAGCUAACAGUUUCGCUGUAACUAACUGCUUCUGUUCUCAGUUCUCAAGAGGAGUUUAUGCUAUUUUUGGAUUUUAUGACAAGAAGUCAGUGAACACAAUAACGUCGUUCUGUGGGACACUGCACGUCUCCUUCAUCACACCAAGCUUUCCCUUGGACGGAAAUCAGCAGUUUAUCAUUCAGAUGCGACCAGACAUCAAAGGGCCUCUCCUGAGUCUCAUUGAGUACUACAAAUGGGACAAGUUUGCCUACCUGUACGACAGUGACCGAGGACUUACCACUCUCCAAGUUGUGCUGGACACAGCAGCAGAGAAGAAAUGGCAGGUGACCGCCAUCAACGUGGGCAACAUGAAGGACGACAGGAAGGAUGAAGCAUAUCGCUCACUCUUUCAGGACCUAGAAAACAAGAAGGAGCGGAGAGUGAUUCUUGACUGUGAGCAGGACAAAGUUAAAGAUAUCAUGGAACAGGUCAUAACUAUUGGCAGGCAUGUGAAAGGAUAUCACUACAUCAUAGCAAACUUGGGUUUUGUGGAUGGAGAUCUUUCAAAAAUCCAAUACGGUGGAGCUAAUGUCUCAGGCUUUCAGAUUGUGGAUUUCGAUGACCCUCUGGUAUCUAAAUUUGACCAGCGCUGGGAAGCCCUGGAGGAAAAAGAAUAUCCUGGAGCAGACAACAAGAUACGGUACACUUCAGCACUGACAUAUGACGCAGUUCAGGUGAUGACUGAGGCCUUCCGUUAUCUGCACAAACAGCGAAUUGACAUCUCCCGUAGAGCUAACAAUGGAGACUGCCUGGCCAAUCCUGCUGUACCUUGGGCACAAGGGGUGGAGAUAGAGCGUGCCCUAAAACAGGUGAGAGUUGAUGGUCUCACUGGUAAUAUUCAGUUUGACCAAUACGGAAAAAGGGUGAAUUACACAGUCAAUGUCAUGGAACUGAAAAGCAAUGGACCAGUUAAGAUUGGCUAUUGGAAUGAAGUUGACAAAAUGGUUGUGACAAAGUCUGAUCUCUUCCCAAAUGAUACAAUGGGGUUGGAAAACAAGACUGUGAUCGUCACCACUAUUCUAGAAGCGCCGUAUGUAAUGCUAAAGAAGAAUGCUGACCUUUUUGUGGAUAAUGAAAGAUACGAGGGGUACUGUGUGGACUUGGCAGCUGAAAUAGCAAAACACUGUGGAUUUAAAUAUCAGCUGAAAAUAGUAGGAGAUGGCAAAUAUGGAGCCAGAGAUGCAGAGACGAAGAUCUGGAAUGGAAUGGUUGGAGAGUUGGUUUACGGGAAAGCUGACAUUGCAGUGGCUCCACUGACUAUCACUUUAGUCAGAGAAGAAGUCAUCGACUUCUCAAAGCCAUUUAUGAGUUUGGGCAUCUCCAUCAUGAUCAAGAAGCCUCAGAAAUCCAAGCCUGGUGUUUUUUCAUUCCUGGACCCACUGGCCUAUGAGAUCUGGAUGUGUAUCGUGUUUGCCUACAUUGGCGUAAGCGUGGUGCUUUUCCUGGUCAGUCGUUUUAGUCCAUAUGAGUGGCACACAGAGGAAUAUGAGGACGGCCAGAUACAGACUAACGAGUCAACCAAUGAGUUUGGGAUUUUCAACAGCCUUUGGUUCUCUCUUGGAGCUUUUAUGAGACAGGGCUGUGAUAUUUCACCAAGGUCUCUUUCUGGUCGCAUAGUUGGAGGGGUCUGGUGGUUUUUCACCCUGAUCAUAAUUUCAUCCUACACGGCUAACUUGGCUGCCUUCCUAACAGUAGAGAGGAUGGUGUCUCCAAUUGAAAGUGCAGAGGACUUAGCAAAGCAAACAGAGAUUGCUUAUGGAACUUUAGAUUCUGGUUCAACAAAAGAGUUUUUCAGGCGUUCCAAAAUCGCUCUUUUUGACAAAAUGUGGACGUACAUGAAAAGCGCAGAGCCCUCUGUAUUUGUUAAGACGACAGCAGAAGGUGUAAUGCGGGUGAGGAAGUCCAAGGGGAAGUAUGCAUACCUGCUGGAGUCCACCAUGAACGAGUACAUCGAGCAGCGCAAACCCUGUGACACUAUGAAGGUUGGAGGAAACCUGGAUUCCAAAGGCUACGGCAUCGCCACCCCCAAAGGAUCCUCAUUAAGAAAUGCGGUUAACCUCGCAGUACUAAAACUGAAUGAACAAGGCCUGUUGGACAAAUUGAAAAACAAAUGGUGGUACGACAAGGGAGAGUGCGGCAGCGGGGGAGGUGAUUCCAAGACGCCAGUAAACCUUGCAGUAUUGAAACUCAGUGAGCAAGGCACCUUAGACAAGCUGAAAAACAAAUGGUGGUACGAUAAAGGUGAAUGUGGAUCCAAGGACUCUGGAAGUAAGGAGAAGACCAGCGCUCUCAGCCUGAGCAAUGUGGCUGGAGUCUUCUACAUCCUAGUGGGCGGCCUGGGCUUGGCCAUGCUGGUGGCCUUGGUCGAGUUCUGUUACAAGUCCCGAGCCGAGGCCAAGCGCAUGAAGGUGACCUUUUCGGACGCUAUGAGGAGCAAAGCGAGACUGUCUAUUACUGGGAGUACUGGUGAGAAUGGACGUGUGAUGAGUCCUGAGUUCCCCAAAGCAGUACAUGCGGUGCCCUUUGUUAGACCUGGUGUGGGAAUGAACGUCAGUCUGACUGAUCUCUCCUGAUGGAUAAGAACCUGCCGAGUGCCUUACACAAUGGUUUUCAAUAGAGCGCAUUCUAUUCUCUUUCCUGUCGCUCUCUCCCCUAUCUCUCACCUGAAUGGAGGACGGGGGCCUCAUUUGAUGUCAUAGAGACAUAAUCCUUCCUUGGCCCUUUAUAACAAAAGAUGCACUCUUCUAAUGGAAAUACGGAGACUGACACAAAGACACUCGCAUAGCGAGCUGAUGACAUCUACCCCUCUGUAACGGAUAUUUUGAUGACAAACUUGAAACUCAUAGAAGCUCUUUGCGGGAAAGAAAGAAGUUAAUAAAGUCUGUCUGUUUUCGUAGCUGACGGCGUUCUUAUGUCUAUUUCGGCUCAAGCACACGUUACCAUCGUCUGCUUCAGGAUGUGAAAUGUCUUUUUAUUAAUAAAACGAACAAAAAAUCUCUAUGAAAAAGUAUUUUUAUGUAUUUUCACAGAAAUGGCUUUUAAAUAAACCUGCUUGCAUACCAGUUAAUUAAAGCUGUAAAUCAUAAUCUUGACAUACUUUUAAGAGCUUAGCUACUAGUUUCACAUUUUAAUGCCAAAUAUGUUGCUUAUCUUGUAAUUUAUUAGUCCUCUUCUGAUAUAUUCAUUAACAUUUGGUGUUAAUAUGAAAUAUCUAGCAAUGCUUGACAUUUGAAAUCUGUUUGAAAAGUGAGUGCCGCAGUUAUUUUCUCUUAAUUUCAUCGACUUGUUUGGUUUCAAGAAUCUGUUUGUAUUUUUUGUUUAUCAAGAAAAUCAGGGUAGCGGUUAUAAUAUUAAAAAAGAAAAUGUGUUUACAUCAUGAACUUAAAAAGGAAAAUGUUAAAAAAAGUACCUAUUGUAUUAUUGCAUAUGUUUUGUUGUGAAAUGAAUAGAAGCAUACACAUCAACAAGAUGCUCUGUUAAAAAUGCCAAAUAAUUAAGUGUGCCAAAAUUAUUGAUAAAUAUAGUCAUAUAUUAAUCUGUCAUCAAUGUGAAUGUAGUCAAUACAUUCUGUAAGUUUUGUUACUAAAUGUACAGUUGGAUGGUAUACACAGUGAUUUAUCAAGGAUUUUAUUUACAUUUUUGCUGGUUUGUUUCUACCUUAUAGCAAAUUUAGCAUUAAGACCACAGUAUGGCUUUUUUACAUUUUCACUCUGCAUCUAGAAUUUGUUUUCCAAGCAUCCAGCUUACAUAUAUUUUUUCAUAAAAGGCAAGAAAUGCUGUAUUACAGGCCGACACAUCUAUGCUUAUUCUUCAGUAUUUAUGAAACCUACAACUAGAGAACAGUUUGUUUGAUAAUGAAGAUACUCCACAGUUUAUCGCAGUUAAAUUACUAUUUCCUAAAAAAGCAAUGGCAACUAUAACAGUUAACACUUGAUAUUGCAAUAAACCAAGAUUAAAAACAAAGAUGUCCACAAAAGUGAGAGUACAUUUGUAAACUCAGAAAAUUAUCACAGUUAUGUACAUUUCUGUAUGAUUUUUUUCCUUCUCAGCCUUUCUCUCAGUCUUUCAUACUAGACUGGGAGACUGGUUAAGACUUUUGGUUUUGUCAUGAUAUAAUUACUAUUAGUUGAACAAGACCAUGUAAUUUUAAGGACCGCUCUCUCUACCAUUUUGUAAAUGAAUGUGUGCCAACUUGUUUAUUUUUUGGGAUCCUUUCUAAAUAAAAGCUGACUAAUAGUC